AUGGUUCGUGCAAAUAAACCGAGCAAAAGAGCAAGAGCAAGACCUACUCAAAAAUUGCGUCGAUCUUGUACAACUGAGGAUUAUACAAUGGUAAAUACUACUCAAGAGGAAGAAGAGGAAGUAAACGUGAAUUUAAAUUAUGAUUCAGAGGAUGAGACAUAUCAAAAUAAUUGGAAUGAUGAAAUAAGUGAAAGCCUACCUCAAAUUGUAGAUAAAAGUUUAUUGAAUGAUGCAGCGGGUAAUGCAGGUGAAGGUUCAUUGCGUAAUGCAUGUAGUGUGGUGGGUAAUGCGAGUGGAAAUUCAUAUCAAAGUUUUAGUGACCAGGAAGAAAUUGAAUAUUAA